GAAUAAAUUCAUUCAAUGUAUGACCGUGACGGUUAAAAGAUAAUGAAAGAAGUUAUCGAAGGUUCUAAAUUCAAAUCGAGGAUUUAUCAAUAUAUUGCUGCAGUCGCUGCAAAUUUAGGAAUUUUAUCAAUCGGACUACAUUAUGGUUGGCCUUCAGCUGCACUUCCAAUUCUCGUUAGCGGAAAAUAUAGUUUCACUCUUACUAAUGAUGAAGCCUCCUGGUUAGUAGCUGUAAUUCCAAUGACUUCUUUAAUCGGUGACGUCUUAGCGGCCUACACGAUCAACAAGUGUGGAAGAAAAAAGCUGAUACUUUUCUCCUCAAUACCAAUGACUAUAUCUUGGAUAUUGAUAGCAGUGGCUGACUCAAAGACGAAUCUCUUUGUUAGCAGAGUUAUUGCAGGUACAAUCGACGGCCUUCUCUUCACUGUAGUCCCUCCGUAUUUAGCAGAAAUAUCGGAACCUGACAUUAGAGGUUUUUUGGGUGGGACUUUCAUGUCAACUUUGGCGUUUGGACUUUUGUUAGAAAAUAUAAUGUUAUAUUUCAUGUCAAUUUCGACGGCAGCGUACAUAUCAUCUAGCUUUACAGUUUUAACAUUAUUUUUCUUACCUUAUUUACCAGAAAGUCCUUAUUACUUUCUAUUGCAUAGAGAAGAAGUGAAAGCAAAGAAAAGUUUGAGGAAAUUUCGAAGGCGAUACGAUGUGAACGAAGAAAUCGAACGGAUGACAAAUGGAAUUGAGGAAGACGGAGAAGAAGGAAAUAUAUUAGAGUUAUUGCGUAACAAAACUUACAGAAAAUGUUUUUUAUUGUCACUACUUUUAACUUUAACUCAACAUCUUAGUGGAAUCAUGCCGAUACAGUCCUACGCGGAGACACUUUUUACAGAAACUAAAGAGUUUCUAUCUCCUAGUACCGCAAAUAUAAUUUAUUACUUAAUUUUUUUCCUAUCAGCGAUCGUUUCUUUAAAUUUAGCUGACAGAACUGGGCGGAGACCUUUAGUAUUAUUCGCAGCUGGAAUCGCAGCUCUGUGUCUCCUAUCCAAUGGGAUAUUCUUAUAUUUAAAAACAGCUAAAAAAGUGGAUACCACCGGACUGGACUUUCUUCAAUUGCUUUUCAUUUCUAUUUACACAACAGCUUAUUGUAGUGGACUACAUUUGAUGCCUGUAAUUAUUUCAACCGAAAUCUUCCCGUCAAAUAUGAAAGGACUAGCGUUAUGUAUGAUUAACAUCUGCUUUAGUUUCGCCUCCACUUCUUGCAUUAAACUCUUUGGUUGGUCUACUUCAUUCGGUAUUUACGUCCCGUUCUUUUUAUUUUCUUUCUGUGCCAUGGUAGGAUUUAUUCUUAUAUAUAAAUUUUUACCAGAAACCAAAUCGAAAACUAUGGAACAAAUACAAGUUGAACUGAGAGGUAGUGAUAGAAAAAUUAAUAGAUAUAGAGGUUAGUUUUCAUCAAAUUAUUUAUCUGAGAUUUUUAAAUCAUCUUCGAUUAAAUAUAUUAGUUUCUUGAUACAUUCUUUGUUUUGCUAUUUUUGUAAUUAUGAGUGAAAGCACUAUAGUUUUCCGUGAAAAUAAAUAGUUUUUAUACAAAUACAUACUUUUUAAACUUAAUAUUAAGAGUUUUACAUUUGACGAUUAAUAUAUAUCAUAUAUUUGAGAUUAAUUUCACCUAAAUUUAAUCAAUUUCCUCUUAACUACGAACAAAAUAUAAUGAAGCUUUUUCAUGUUUCACUGUCAAAAACUGUCAGCUUUUGUUGUGAAUACAGAUGUUUGUGUAUGUUAUAUUUAAAUUUAGUUAACAGCUAUCAAAACAUUUUAUAUAUGUUAAAUGUACAAGAUAAAAGCGCUUCUGAGAUUGAAGAAACUGAUUAUCCACUUGUGCUGCUUUGACUAGAUGCUUCGAAAAACGUCAAUAACGAAGCGGGCUGAUAAUUUACAUAAUGAUCAUUAGAAGUAUUCAGAACUAGCAAACUGUAUAUUUUAUUAAAGUGUUUUAGUUUCAAUCCUCAGAUUUUAGGCUCACUCUAUGUACACUUUACUAGUGGUCAUGAUUGACCUUAUAUAUUCUUCCAUAUUGAGGUUGUAGUAACAUGAUAGAUAACUUUUUGUGGGAGUUUGUACUUUUUAUUUCCCACUAAAUAAUUAGAAAAAAGAACAAAAGUUUCAGAAGAAUGUCAUUGUUUAAAAUUGUACAUACAAGUAUAAAUGAAUUAUAAAUGUAGACCAAAGAGUAUGCUUCUUACAAGACUUCAAAUGGCAACGAUAAUAAUUUGUUUGAUGACGAAUUAUGCUGGCAAAUUUACCAAGCUGGCAGGUGUAAUAUCUCUCACAUUAUGUUACAUUUCAGAAAGUUUAUUUUUCUAAAAUAACAAUUAUAAAAUAAAAAAAUGAACGUUU